CACUGCGGGGCACCGAGGGGAUCUUGCUUGAGCUCAUCCAUGACUGCCUCGCUCACCUCCCUUACCUUACCCCGACCUCAGAACUGCGCAUCCACUGUAUUUGCCAUUUAGAGGGCAGAUUCCAGAGCGCGCCGGCAUGAUAUUGCCAGCAGCCUCUUUGGGAAUCAGAAGCACGUAACGGCCAUUAGCAUGCCGGGCCUAACCAUCGACACCGGUCCCGGCGCGCCAUCUGCAGCAGCUCGGGGCACGACCGCCAACCCGCGACAUGCUUCACCCACAUCCCGCGCGUCGUCGCCACCUCGACCGCCUGUCAGCCCCAUCACACCGAUGCUCGCAGCAGCGCAGUUACCGGGCGCCAGUCCGGCAGGCAAUACCACACACAAUGCGCCGGACGACUUUGCGCUCGGCCGCCCGGUAUUCACACACACGAGUCAAACCGAUCAGGUCGGCAUCGCCCCCCCACCAGCCCAGCCCAUCGACUUUGACUCGAACCCGGACGUACUUGCCUUGAAAAGCGCAAUAUCAAUCCUCCAACUGCAACGCGCGCGGGCCACAGCCGAUCUUCAGUCGCUGAGGCGCGCGAAGGAGGCCGCGCUCGCCAACCCAGAGGCAUUCGCCGCCGACCUAGCAGCUGGAAACGUGCGGGUUGAAGGGGACCCCCUCUUCUCACCGAGAACACGGGCAGGCGGUGUCACUGGCGACCAUUUCGCAUCCGACUCCUCCAGCACCACCACCUCCGACGACGACGACGAUGGAGAAGCCGAAGCCGAGGAACCCGAAACAGAAGCCCCGACGGACAACAGCACUACCCGCGCCGAACAGUCACCAGAGCACCGCGCGCCCAAGCAAAAACCAAAACCAAAACCAAAACAUAGACAGAAAGGCAAACACACCAGCAGCCCACCCGCACCGCCCUGGCAAACCCUUCCCAAACCCCAAAGCAUCGUCCGCUGCCCGCCCAUCAACUGGGCCCAGUACGGCGUCGUCGGCGAGUCGCUCGACAAGCUCCACUCCGAACAGCUCGCGGCGCCUAUACCCGGAACACCCAUGAUAUUGGGACCCGGCGGGACCUACGAUCCCUCAGCGACCGGCGCGGCCGGAGGCGGAGGCGGGAGGGGAGGAGGUGCUCAGGUUGGUGAACAGCCCCGGCGGUUGGUGGGUAUCGCGGCGCCGUAUAAUCCGCUUCGGGACAAGGUGGAGAAGAAGGGCAAAGGCGGUAAGCGCUGAGCGCUGCCUGCCCUAAGGUGUCGAAGGAGUUUGAAGGAAGAGGAGGACGGGGUGUUCCUAUAAAGUGUAUGAUGGCGAGUAUGACAAUCAACACAUUGUAUGCAUUCUAGCCUGGCGUUUUUGGGAUUUUAUGGUCAGGAACUUCAGCGGAGAGCUUUCGUCAGUCUUGGCGUACAGCAGCGUGUGUACUCACUUGCCGCCGCAUAAGGUACCUGAGGUAUUAAUUGUGCAAAUAUCAUGGAACAUCGCUUACAAGGUGGCAUGUAUCCUGUGAGAACAACGCUUACAACCCAAGGGCUGAAACUCAUGACAGCCGCUUUGGGUAUCUACACAUAUUCGCUCCGCGAGCAAGA